AUGCUACCACUUACGCUGCUGGCUGCUCUGCCUCUCGUUCCAGUAUGGGCUGCGCCCUACAAAUGUUCCUUGAAACCCCAGUCCGGUGUCUCAGCCGCCGCAUCGAGCACAGGCUCCUCAUCGCCCUCUGGUGGGGGCACCGGUACCACCAGCAGUGGCGGAAUUCCUGCUUCAGAUCUCGUAUCGAUGAGCUGGUUCGCCGGCUGGCACGCCACGGCCGAUCCUGCUUUCCUGCCCGCGAACAUCAGUUGGUCCAAAUACACCGCCGUAUCGUAUGCGUUUGCUGUGACCACUGAGGACCCCAGCACGGUCUCGCUGGGGGCAUCCGACGAGGUAUUGCUGCCGCAAUUUGUCCAAGCUGCGAAGCAGAACAAUGUCAAAGCGAUGCUCACUGUCGGCGGCUGGACCGGCUCGCAGUACUACUCAACCGUAGUCAGUACACCCGAGAACCGUGAUACGUUCGCCAAUGCUGUCCUGGGCCUCGUCUCCAAAUACGACCUCGACGGUCUUGACUUUGACUGGGAGUAUCCGAACAACGUCGGCAUCGGCUGCAACAACAAGUCACCCGAUGACGCCGCAAACUUCCUCUCCUUCCUGCAGACUCUCCGCUCACAGCCCGCGGCGAAGAACCUCACCCUGUCCGCCCCCGUAGGCUUGAAACCCUUCGUCGGCUCCGACGGCUCGCCCAUGACCAAUGUCUCCGCGUUCGCCGACGUGCUCGACUACAUUGAGGUCAUGAACUACGAUGUCUGGGGCUCGUGGAGCACCGCUGUCGGACCCAACGCACCGCUCAACGACACGUGUGCCCCCGCCGCAGACCAGCAGGGCUCCGCCGUGAGCGCCGUAGCCGCGUGGACCGCCGCGGGCUUCCCUGCGAGCCAGAUCGUGCUCGGAGUGCCGUCGUACGGGCACAGCUUCACGGUCGAGCCGAGCGCGGCGCUCGUGAGCGGGAGCGAGAGCACGCUCGCCGCGUACCCCGCGUUCGUGGCGUCGCAGCAGCCGCUCGGCGACGCGUGGGACACGAACGCGACUGCGGGCGUGGACCAGUGCGGGAACCCCACGGGCGGGCCGUCGGGCAUCUUCGACUUCUGGGGCCUGGUUGAGGAGGGAUUCCUGACCGACAACGGCACCGCGGCGCAUGGCAUCGCGUACAGAUUCGAUAACUGCAGCCAGACACCGUAUGUGUACAACCCCGACACGAAGGUGAUGGUGUCCUUCGACAACCCGCAGUCCUUCGCUGCCAAGGGGAGCUUCAUCUCAGAUUCGGGGCUUGGAGGCUUCGCCAUGUGGGAGACUGGUGGUGACUAUGAAGACAUGCUGGUCGAUGCAAUCAGGAAGACUGCCGGCUUCAGUAGCUAG